AUGCGCAAUCCCGCGCCUUUCAUCACCGCCAGCGCCUCGAGCGCGCGCGGCGCGCUCGCGCGUCGCGACCGCGCGCGCGAGGACGACGACGCCGUGCUCGAGUACUGGGCGCGCGUGCGCGCGGGCGUCGAGCCCGCGCCGAGGCCCGGCGCGGAGGCGAAGCGAAAUAAACGACUGUGCGCGCACCUGGAGUCGCACCUGGACGACGUGCUCGCGCACGCGGGCGCGGGAGGGGCGGACGAAGGGAGGUCGCGGCUGGCGAACGAGGCGGCGACGGCGCUGGAGGUGGGCGAACAUUUGGCGCACGACGACGUGAUGGAGCUGAAACGAAGAGCGAGAGAGCAAAGGGGCGAGGCGCUGAGCGCGCGGGAGGUGGCGCGGUUGAAGUCGUUGGCUGGGGGGAGGACGAGACGGGAGGCGUCGCCGGAGGCGGCGUACGCGUCGCCGGAGGCGGCGUACGCGAUGCCGGAGGCGCCGGCGGGCGAGGUUUUCGAGGAGUUCGACGACGACGAGGACGACGAAGGAGAGUUUUUUGAAUACGGACGCAGUGAAUUACCGAGGCACAUGCGCGAUUGGUACGAACCGCCGGCGAGCGAGUACGGCUCCUUUGUCGAAAAUCAACCCGCGGCGGGCGCGACGACGAGUCUCGACGAGCAGAAGUACGCGACGGUGAGGAAUUUGCGCUCGCACGCGCUGUGGUGA